ACAUUUCCCAGAAGCCAACGCGGGACGAGAGCAGACGUUUGUCAAAAUUCAACGCUGCAGAUGAGGCUCACGAGGUAUGGAUCAUCUACUCAUUUUGUGUACCGUUAAAACACCAUUAUGCUUCAUUGAGAUCAAAACUAUCUUUUUGCUUAUUGAAUAUGUUCCUAAGUACUUGAUUUUUAAGAUAAUACUGCUGAAGCAUGCUAACAAAGACUACGAGAAUGCAUUGUUUUUGCUCUUCAGAAACUAGCUCGUUAGCUAUUACUGCAUACCUGUACUGUAAAUUAUGGGCUGAUUAAGUGAUUUUUACGCAUGUUUGAAUCGUUGACACUCUAAAAUAUACAAAAAAAAAAAAACAAAGUACGUGCAGGUUUAACGGAACCCUGAGGAGAGCUUUGAGUGUUUGGUAUGCUGUCAUGUGGAGCUCUUGAACGCUCCCACUCUGUUACCCAAUGGCCGGCUUUUGUAACUUGUUUGUAUUGCCUUUAAAAGUCUCACCACGUAGUUCAGGCCACGUUAUCCAUUCCCAGAACAAACUGUGUCUGCUUGCGAGUUUAUUAAGCUCUACAUUGGUGACCAGAGAACACUUGAGGAGGUUUUUUUCUGUUUGCUUUAAUACAAGUUUUGUGACUGAUCAGAUAUCCAGUAUCUGAAAUUGUGAGAAUACUCACUAAGAUCAAUCACCAAAUGAUUCAAUAUUCAAAAAUGUAAUAAGUAUGUCAAUAUGUACUCUCAAUACUUGGUUUGAUGUCCUUUGAUUAUGUGUCACUGGAGCCCCAGUUUGCAUUAGUAGUGGCCUUUAUUGUGGGUCUCUCAUCUUCCUCUUGACAUUGCCCCAUAGCUUCUUUAUUGGGUUCGUCAUGACCUGGCUCAGGUGGUCACAACAAAUAGAAGAAAGGAAGACACACUCCAUGUAUAAACUCCCAAACAACCCCUUAUUAAUUCAAAUUGAUCUGAAUUAGAAUCUGUAAGAUAUGAGGUGUGUAAAUCUGUAUUGUGUAAGGUGUGCAUGGGUGGAAGUAGGUGUAUGUGUGCGACGGUGAUGUAAAGAGAAAACAAACUACAGCUAAACCAAGCCAAAGCCAAACCGAACCAAACUUAGUCAAGACAAACCAAGUAGAACCAAAAAGAGCCAAGUCAAACCAAAUCAAACAAAGCCAAGUCAAACCAAACUUAGUCAAGACAAGCCAAACCAAACCAAAUCAGCCAAAGCCAAACCAAACCAAACUUAGUCAAGACAAGCCAAACCAAACCAAAUCAACCAAAGCCAAACCAACCAAACUUAGUCAAGACAAGCCAAGCCAAACCAAGUACAUGUAAAGGCAGUCCGGAGAAACAAAAAAGGGAAUUGCAAGUAACUGUUGGAGCUUAAAUACUCCCAGCACUCAGGGCCCAGGUGUGCAUAGUUGCUCUGAUUAGGGUGCAGAGAAGCCAACCAGACACACUUCCUACAGCAGCAUGACCCUAUAGGGCAGGGGUGGGCAAUCAUGUGCCAUGGAGAGCUGAGAGGCUGCAGGUUUUCUUUCCAACCCAAAACUCCACCAGGUGAUUUCACUGAUUAGUCCCUGCUCUCUGCUUGGAGGGAAGGUAAUCAGUGAAACCACCUGGUGGAGUUUUGGGUUGGAAAGAAAACCUGCAGCCUCUCGGCCCUCCAUGGCACAUGAUUGCCCACCCCUGCUAUAGGGGCAUCACAGGUUAAUGUUAGGCAAGUUGACUGCACAGUUCAGCUCAAACCAUGGUUAGCAAAUCAUGUGGUUGUAGUUUUGGUGCUGAAUCCUGCUGAAAAAGGAAAUCAGUGUUGCCAUAAAGUAGCAGUAGGAGUAGUGCUGGUGCUGUGGGCAGGUGAUAAGUACGACUUGAAAUUGAAACCAGCAUCCCAGUGAAUCCUGUCAGUGAACAGACACAUGAAUCUGUUAAUAGGUGACUUUGGACUUGAUGAAUAGUGGACCAGCCAGGAGUCUUUCCUAUGAUUAUGACUGCUUGUUCUGAACUCUACUUCAUAUGUUGUUUUGAUGAUACUCUUAUUUAUACUUGGAUGCAGCUGUGCUUAAAAGACAAAUAAGCUUCAGACUGAACAGCUGUGGAAAUGUAGUCCACUCUGCUCAUUUCAAGUGUGUUUUAGUCUGUCACAUAUUUGCCCCCAAAGCACAUAACACACAUCCAUGCUUGAAUGUCAGCUGCACAGUGUCAAUACAGUCCAACUAACUGACAACAUUGUUAUCGUUUCAGGUUAACAAUGACACCUGUGCCUGCCGCUGGAUAGCCUUCUGUUGGAAAAUGAAUGGAGCGAAGGUCAACAUUUUCUCUUACAUGCAAAUGGAAGCAUGUAGCAAUUUAACUAACCUGUCGUCGCCUUGUUAGGUGAUCCAUUCUUAACAUUUCAGAGUGUGUGUGACACGGAGAGGCAGAGGAGUUGAGAGGAGAGCACAGUCAGAUUGAAGAAGUCUUUAACCCGUUUUGAGUUGAAAUCCUACAGGGCAUUAAGUCAAAACAAAUCCUCACAUGUUGAACUGACAGAGCAAAAAAAAAACAACAACAAAGUUACACUCUGCAUCCGAGAGUGGUCCACAAACAAGCCGACACAAUGGUAGAAGAUGAUGCUGCACAAAGUGGGGAGGAGAAGAUGGACUUGAAGGUACCUGCGUGUGAAGACAGCGCACCACUUGAAGAGGGGGACGCAGUUAUGGUUCCGUCUCCCUCUGAAGAGCCCCUAGAGGAAGCCAAGGAAGCUAAGGAGCCCAGAAAGUGGAAGUGGGCCGUGAUAUUCUUGUGUUUCUAUGGUUUUAUGGCAUCGAUAAAGCCCGGGGAGCCCUUUAUUACACCAUAUCUGCUCAGCCCUGAGAAGAACUUCACAAGGGAGCAGGUUAGUAAGCAUCCUCAGAGGGAAGUAUGUCUUUCUAAAUAAAUUAACCACAUAUGAAAUUAUGAAAGUUAGUCAUAAAAGCAUAUGUGGAUAUAGAAACCUGUAAGCAUUUCUCCUGCACUCAUAACACAGCAGAAGUUAAGGUGCCUCAGGGGGAUUUCGCUGCUCCACCGUACUGUGGACAAAGUUCACAUUCCUCCUAAGUGGGUCAGUGUAAUAGGCUUGUGGAGGUUUCUAAACGUCAAAAAAUUUCUUACAGGAGCUUUAAAGACACAUUAUUUAAAAGGAAACCUGUUUUAAAUCAAUAUUUUUUUGUGUCAUGUUGACCUGCUUUAUAACGUGAUAUAUUGUUAUCUACAGCUCUGUGAUGGAUGUAAUUAAUCAAUCAUUACACCAUCAAGGUCAAUUGUUGAACAGUUUAGAGAGAUAAGUUCAUGGUCAUAUGUUGAAAGACUUUUACCGGUAGCCAAAUGCUGAAUGUGCAAGACUGGGGGAGAGCAGGACUUGAAAACAAAACAUUACCCCACAUUUUAUCCUGAUAAGUUCAUCCCCGAAUUGUUCGACUUAUUUGUUUGCAUCAAGGUUCUCUGUCAUACAUUAUCAUCUGCGCUAACAGGACGUUUUAUUGCAUCAGUGGGAACAUGGUACCAAGAUUAUAAAUGUGUAAAGUGCAUACAUUAAGUUCUGUUUGGUCUUUCUUGUAUCCUUCAGGUGACCAAUGAGAUCACCCCUGUGCUGACCUACUCCUACAUGGCCGUGCUAGUGCCGGCCUUCCUCCUGACUGAUCUCCUGCGCUACAAGCCGGUCCUGAUCAUCCAGGGCAUCAGCCAGGUGAUCAUCUGGCUCAUCCUGCUCCUGGGCAGCAGCCUCCUGCAGAUGCAGUUCAUGGAGUUCUUCUACGGCAUCACCAUGGCGUGCCGCGUGGCCUACUCCUCCUACAUCUUCUCCCUGGUCAGCCCAGCCCUCUACCAGCGCGUGGCCGGGUACUCGCGCUCCUCCGUGCUCCUCGGGGUGUUCACCAGCUCGGCUCUGGGACAGAUGUGUCUGUCUCUCGGCAACAUCUCCUACUACACCCUCAACGCCAUCUCGUUGGGCUUCGUUAGCUUCGGUCUGCUGCUCUCGAUGUGCCUGCCAUGGCCCAAACGCUCUCUGUUUUUUAACCGGAGUCAGGAGCAGAAGGCAUUGGCUGCUAAAAAAUCCGAAUUGGACAGAAUGAAUCCGAAAGAGAGCAGCACGCCAACCUCGCCGGCUUCCCCAUGCUCAUCAUCGCGCUGGAGUGACUCGAUCUUGGUGCAGAUGCUGUUGGAGUUGAGGAACGUUGUGAGGUUGCCCAACCUGAGGCUUUGGUCGCUGUGGUGGAUCUUCAACUCUACAGGGUACUACCUGGUGCUGUUCUACGUUCACAUCCUUUGGAAUAAAGUGAACUCCGCCAAUGAGGACAAGCACGUCUACAACGGGGCAGUGGAGGCGUUAUCGACCCUGCUGAGUGAGAUAUUUUCUUCUUCUGCUGCCACAGGGUGUUCAAAUCGAAGCCGUGCUUUACCUACAGUGCUCUUGCAUCGGUUUAGUUUCAGUCUCACAGUCCUCACAUGCUUGUCCUUAACUCACUGUGCAACUGAAGCCUCAGGUCUAUUUUUACAUGCAAAUAAUGGAGGCGACUCCUCAUAGAGUACCAACAACAAAACAUCAGAAAGCCUUGAAAAUGUGGGUUUUUGUCUCGUUGAAAGUGUCUUUCCUGCACAGUGUUGCAUUUUGCAGAAAUCCCGAUCAAGUGUAAAUAAAACUGGAUCAAACCCUCAGUAUUAAACCUUUUUACAGGUCAUGAUCAGCAAAAAGUGCUAAAGUACUAAAAACUCAAUGGCAAAGUUGAUUGAUUCCAGAGAUGGAGGUUUAGGGAAAAAGGAUCUGAUUUGAUGACGAAAAUAUGCCAAGAAUUUGAUGUGUCAGUGCCUCUUUGUCAGCUGUUGUCCAGAGGUCGAGCGACUAAUCUUCCAUUUUUAUUGUGUGAGGUGAUUACGUCAGUGUUGGACCUUUAAACGGCUGUAAAGCAAAGUUAGCAGUUUGUUUAAAUAACCCUUGGGGCAUGUGAGCAGUAAAAGUUACGUCCUAAUAAAAUCUGACAGUUGCUGAAACGAUGACAUAAAAGACUGAUUGAAGACCCCUGAUAAGUGAUGAUUGUCCAUUUUUGAAACUUGAAUCUGAAUCAGCACUUGUGUCUCUCUGCAGGUGCUUUGACAUCCUUCGCUGCGGGUUUUGUGAAAAUCCGGUGGAACGUCUGGUCUGAGCUGGUCAUCGGCGUCAUCACGGCUGUGCAGGCCGGUCUGCUGCUCCUCAUGCGCACCACAGACAACAUCUGGCUCUGCUACGUCGCCUACAUCCUCUUCAGAGGCUUCUACCAGUUUCUGGUGCCCAUUGCAACGUGAGUGCCAAACAAACAUUUACCUUUAACUGUCUCGUCUGCGUGGUUCCUGCUGAUCAUCUUAUCAUCUCUACAGUUACCAGAUCGCCUCGUCACUCACCAAGGAGCUUUGUGCCUUAGUGUUUGGCAUCAACACAUUCCUGGGGACCAUCUUGAAGAGCAUCAUCAACCUGGUAUUUAUCGACAAGAGAGGCCUGGGGCUGGACGUGCAGUCUCAGGUAAACCAGUCAUUAGAUCAUUCAGAAACUAGAAAAGCAUUCAGAGAGCGCAGACCUCCACCAAGCAGCUCAUGUCCCCCCUUAUAUUGUGAUUCACACCAAAACUUUUACUGUUACGUGUCUUCUAUUAACGUUUAUUUGUGUUUAAACUGGUAUGUUCACUGUUCAUAAUGUUCCUAAAACAAGGAAUGCCCUGACCCAGAUUCGAACCCAGGACCUUCUUACUGUGAGGUGACAGUGCUAACCACUACACCACUACACCACCUAUCUGCACCACUGUGCCGCCCAUUGGUUAUCUUUCAGCAUUAAAAAUUCCAACGACACCCUUAUUUUUGUGUGUUCCGGAUCACCACCAAAAUUUAAUGGAAUCCUCCUGGGGCUGAGACGCACCUCUGGUGAAAAUUUCAGGUCAAUCCGUCUGUUACUUUCUCCGUAAAGUUGCUAACAGACAAACAAACAAACCAACAAACAAACCAACGCUAUCGAAAACAUAACCUCCUCGGCAGAGGUAAUAACUGAGGCAAAGACAGUGUAUAAACAUGGCCACUAUGCCUCCACCUCCUCCUGUUGGACAAUUGAUUUGCCACAAGACAAUAACUCCAAAGCACAAGAAAAAAGCUUGAGUGUACAAUAGGGCUGAACGAUAAACUGCAUUUGCAAUUACAUCCCGAUAUGAUGAAAUGCGAUUUACUAACCACAAAGGCUGCGAUUUUGACUGGUCACGUGACUUGCGAGCGGGUAGAGAGAGAAGUCAACACUGCACUCUAUCAAUCAAUCAAUCAAUCAAUCAAUCAAUCAAUCAAUCAAUCAGUCUUUAUUUAUAUAGCACUUUAUAUAAAUAACAUGUAACACAAAGUGCUUUACACAGAAAAAGGAAUAAAAGAGACAAAGAAUACCCAAAUUUACCCAAGAUUAAAAGAAUACCCAAAUACCUCUAUGGCAGUAUGGCCUUAUUCCACUACAGAAGCUGAUAUUGCAGGAAGUUUAGUACCAAAGAGGGGCAGCAUGGCAGUUGUGUGGAUUUUUUUUGGGCUAAAAAAGAUGCCGCUGCGCAACGUGUGCAGAACCUGUUGUGUUACUGUUGCUACAUCAGGAGGCAACAAAGCCACGUACAAUAGCUGAAUGGCUAAACCCCUAGCGACCACCGCUUCAACUUCAAACUACAUCUGCAUAACGAUGGAAAAUGCAUCCAAUAAAUAGACCCGACUCCAACGUUUUGGACGCCGAUUACAACUCGCCAUCGGUACAUAGAUUGGUAUCAUGACGUAUAUAAGGGCGGGUGAUAGUGUGUGAGCAGAGAGCCUGUUUGUGUGUGUGAAAUGAUAAUUGCCAGAAAGAAAAAUGUAUGAAUAAUUAAUCUGAUAUUGUUUACUAUGAUACAGAUUGAUUUAUUGUUUUUGUUGGUUGAAAAAUACAUUGAAGGAAAAAAAAAUUGCUUAUAAAUUAUUUUCCAAGAUUGUUCAGCCCUGGUAUACAAGAUGAUGAUCUAGUGGGAACAUGUUAUCAUGUAACCGCAAAAUAACGACUUAGGUGCACAAGAUGGGAACUCACUCGCAAGAUUGUUGUAUUCUCUGAGCAAGAUGAUCAGGAUUUCAUGUACAAAAUAAUGUGUUCCAACAAGAUGUUUUCAAAGUUGUAGUACCUGAUUGACGUCUGUUGUUCCUCCACAGUUCCUGGUGUAUUUUAUUUACUUCACCAUCCUCACCACGGUCUAUCUCGUCUGCGCCGCUGUGGUCAUCAUCCGCCACUACAGAAACCAGCCCAGGGAAGGAGGCGGGGCCAACGAAGAGGCCACACCCACAGAACUCUGCCCCGUGGCUUCCAAUUCAGAGGCGGAGUGUUUGUCAAACGGCAAAAGUGCCAAAGUUUAACAACAAAAGGGAUUUUUUUCUCACCUUCAGUGGAUCCUUGAGCUCUCCAUACUCUGCUGGAUUAAGAUUUCGUGCUCUUGGAUGAUGCUGGAGAUUACUCUCAACUAUUAAAGUGCCUCAUUAGUUACCUAAAGCUGCUGCACUACAGAUGGACAGGCUGCAGGCGCCUUUGUAGAGGUGGUCAAUCAAAAUUAUGUCCUGCAUCCUACAGCCUGACACUCCUCUUGUACCUGAUUAUGCAGCUCUAUGAUUAUAUCUAUAAGUGCCAUUUGAGGGUAGGCGUGGACCACAUUAUUGGCAAACUUUCCAGUAUUAAUAAUCACAUCACAAUGCCAGAGUCGAGCAAAACGGGUACAUUCUUUCUGAUCAUAUUUCAAGCUGUUUACUGCAGAUGGUAUUCAGUGUGAUUGUAUUCUCACUGCAGUGCUGCUUUUUUUGUGUAAAAGCAGCAGCUUUAUAGUAAGUGAAAUCAGCCAGAAUGUGCAAUCAUUGAUGAAACUUGAUUAUUUCACUCAAGUAUACACUAAUUUGAUCAUUUUUUUAACUCAAUUUGGUUGUUACAAGUGUGCUAUUUUAAUGUAAGUGUUGAAUGAACGGCCUGAAAGCAACAAUCUCUAGCACUGCUGCUAAUUCAUGAGGGCGGCUGUGGUGCUGUUCUGCCAAGCAACCACAAAAAAAGGCCCCAACUCUUUAGUGUCUUGUUUUGGUGUACAUAGGAACACAGUGUUACUCAUCGUGACCACAGUGGACACAUUCAGUAGGUUUUUUAAAAAACCAGACGUUUGAUUUUCACCCUGAUUUUUUUCUACAGCUGACUUUUGUGUUGGACUAAACUUACAUUAAGAGUGUAUAGUUAUUUUUGUAAAUUGAAAUUGAAAUAAUGGCUGAUAAAGAAGUAGCUGUGAACUUGUCUGAAUGCUGUAUAAAAGGAGAACACUGACUUUAAUCAGAUGUUUAUUUUUUAUUCACAAAUAAAAUGAGUUUGGUGGUUAAAGCGCUGUGAUCACUUGUCUUUGUCUGAGCAUAAACUAUCAAUGGUUUCUUAAAGCUACUGUCAGGGCAAAAAUGUAUGGUAAGAAAACAUCUUAAUCGAACAGAUGUGUCAGUCAUUGUUUAAAAUGCAAAGAGGAGCUGUCAAUCAUCUGCUCUGAUGCCUAACCUAAAACAAUAUUCAGGUUGUCGGUCUAGAUGCUUGUAAUCUUAUUUUCUUUUGAAGAUCACACAAAAGCAUCAGUAUUAACUUCAACCCUCUUUUGGCUUCAUUGUUAAUUAUUUAAUGUCUCUAUAUGAGAUGCACCUGUUUCUACACCAUCAACCUGUAUUUGUUGUAUGAUUGCACCAUCCUUGUACAGUUCAGCACUGUCGUCCCCAGUUUUCUCCAGCUCCUUUUAAAAGAAUAUUUUCAUGCCCCAGACUUUGUGUUCCUCAGACGUGGUUUUGUUUAGUCAGCUGCAGUUGUUGCUCACAGCAUGAACUCCGCCGGCCCAUUGUGUUUUGUUUUCCGGCGCUGUAUGUCUAAAGGAGGUCAGACUUUCCAUCUUGACUGUUUCCACAGCUGAUAAACCUCUUAAGAUGUAAAUGAAACAGCCUGGACUUCUCAUGUUUUUAUACUGUAAUAUUUAACAGUUUGUCUGUAAAUGUAUAUCUAGUUGCUCUUUAACCCUGAUGUUUCUCUGUGAGCAGUGACUCAGCAGUUUUAUCAGACGGUCUGUCAGUGUAUCUAUACUUCUAUAUGUUGAUAUGUUGAGCCUGAAUCAUCUGACAUUAAAUUGACUUUUUAAUUAUUUUUCUCAGUUGUGUCACACAAAGUGAAAUUUGGAUUUCGUGGCUACACUAAUUAAAGAAUCAUGAAUUUACCUGUC